GCUCUCGGGUCGCGCUUUCUUCUCGCCGGCACAAACAAAGCAGCCCGAACCUGCCUGCGACGCUGUCUCUGCACUCGUUUUGGACCCCAGCGCUUACGCACAAUUCAGGAAUAUAAACAUGAUCACCACCCGCCGCCGCUCUUCGCUCUUCGACCUCGCCUGGUCUGCUGCGUCUGCUCUGGAAAACACUUCCGCGCCCAUCCCUGCUGAUUAUCCUCUUAUUCCCUCUGAGCUGAUUACCGAGCGCCGUCGCUCAGACCUCUUCUACUUCAGCCUCCUCACCAUGCAGCAACUACCCCAGCAGCAGCAGCAGCAGCAGCAACAACACCAGCACUUCCAGGUCGCAGUCGACCACCUCACCUACCAACCCAUGCCGUCCUCCUCCUACGAGUCCUCGCACUCGCUCGACCCGGUCGAGAUUCUGCCAAAGUACAUCUCCUCGCUCGAGGACGACUCCGAGCUCUCAAGCCAGACGCCGCGGCACUACAGCGCAAAGUGGGCGACCUUCUCGAUCAACUCUGGCAGCGCCGCGUCGGCCUCUUCGCCCGACGGCCCGCAGCACCACUACUCGCCGACCGAGUUCCCGCCGGCCGAGUACGAAAAGGCGACGUCGCCGGCGACGCUGUCGUCGCCGCACUCGAUGCCGGCCUACGAGAGCGAGCUCGCGUACUCUGCGACCAUCCCGGGCGCUCCCAACUAUCUCUACCCGCGCAGUCCGACGUCGUGGGAGACCUCGGAGACGGAAGAGAAUGAGGACGAGGACGAUGAGGACGAGGACGAUGAGGAGAAAGAGGGAGACAGCAGCUCUGAGCUGACGGAGGCGUCGACGGCGCAGACGCACGAGCACCACAGUCAGCCGGCGCAUUCGUUUUCGUUUACGGGGUACUUCCAGAACGCGACCGCGGAGGUACACCAGCACCAUGCGCACCACCACCACAGCGAGCCGAUGCUGAUGGCGCAGCCGCGCCGACGGAGUCUGCGCAAUAUGAACAUUGAGGAUCCCGCGCAGCUGGGGUUUAAGGUUGCGUUUGGUACGUUCUACCAGAUGCCGGAGACUACAAACUACGGACACAUGGCCGGCGCGAGCUAUAUCAAGAGCGAGGGCAGCAAAUCGUGGAGCGGGGUGGAGGCGAAUGCGGAGCCGGCGAAGGUGGAGUACGCGGAAGAGAAGAACGAGGACAGUCUGGAUGAGGACGAGGACGACGACUCGAUACCGAUUGAGACGAAGAUGGCACAGACCAAGAAGGGCAUGUACCGAUGCUCGCACUGCUCGCGCAAGUACGCGACGAUGUACUUGUUUUGGGAGCACAUUGAGCAGGAGAAGCUGCCGCGGCCGUUCAAGUGCACAAAGAAGUCAUGUCCGUGGUCGCUGGUCGGGUUCCCGAACCGGAACGAGUGUUCGCGGCACAUCCGGCACCAGCACGAGCAGGCGCGCGGGUUCAGCUGCAGCUAUGCGUGGUGCACGAAGAAGUUCCAUCGGAAGGACUCGCAGAACCGGCAUAUUAAGCUUGUGCACCAGAAGCCGGACUCGCGGUUGAACCGGAAGAUUGAUAAGAAGCGGCGGGAGGAGGAGGCGCGGGAGAGAAAGCGGUUGGAGAGCGGGAAGCGGGGGAGGGGGAAGCCUGUGAGACGGGAUAGCAAGACGGAGGUGGGAGGGGCGGUUGGAGGGCGUGGACGAUGA